AUGGCCACACUCAAGUCAUUCUUCAGCGCUGCAGGCCCAGGCGAGGAACAGAACAAGAAGCGGAAGCGGGAAGAGGAGGUAGGAGGUGGCCCACAAGACGAGCAGACAGCUGGGGCGAGUGGCAAGGCAAAGGCGUCGAGUCUGGCGCCGCGUUCGUCGGCGCUUCCGCCUCCCGCGGAGGCCCAUGGCGUGAGCAAGGUGGCUACCUCGCCUCCACCGGCCAAGCGGUCACGCCAUGCUCCGUCCGAGGACGACCUUGUCGCCGUCUCGUCGGAUCCGUCGCCUUCGUCCGUGGUGGUCGUCGAUGACGAGGCGGCGGAGGAAGCACGGGCCGAAGCCGAUGCAGAGGCCGAGUUAGAGGAGGAAGACGAGAACGAGGGGCAUGGGCGGACAGAGAGCGGCGAAGCGGCCCAGGCUGUGGUUGAUAAGUUUGGCUCGCAGGCGCGGGCCGUGAGGAAGGAGCGGGCCGUCUCGCGGAACCGGCGCAAUCGGCUUCCGCUACUUUCUGGGCCGAAGCUCUUCCGCUCCAAGGCCGAGCGCAAGCGGCUCCGUGCCGAGCGCAAGGCGCGGAAGAAGAACCGGCAAGGUUCGUCGUCGAGCUCGUCGAGCUCGUCCACCUCGUCAGGCUCGACCUCGUACUCGGGCUCGUCAUCUAGCUCGUCGAGCUCGUCCGAGCCCGAGCACGCGCCCGUCGUCCCGCUCAUUGCCGAGGGCGAGCAGCCGCGCGGGAUGGCCGGCGGAAAGCUCCACCCGCACCAGCGACGCGGCAUCAACUUCAUGCUGCAGCAUCACAACGCCGGCGUCUCAUCGAUCCUCGCCGACGAGAUGGGCCUCGGCAAGACGCUGCAGGCCAUCGCCUUUCUCCUGCACAUCACCGAGAACUCGAACGGGCGCGCCGGCCCGCACCUCAUUGUUGUGCCCGUCUCGCUCCUCCCGUCGUGGAAGGCCGAGCUCCGGCGGUGGGCGCCGUCGCUCCGUGUGGCUAUUUUCCAUGGUACGGCGUCGGAGCGUGACAAGGUCAUGGAGUACGUCAUGCUGCCGAUGGAUUUUGACGUGGCCAUCACGACGGCAGAGACGCUCUCGUCAUCGCUCGGCAAGUUGCGGACCAAGUUUGUGUGGCACUACAUUGUGUUUGACGAGGCGCACCGGAUCAAGAACCCGCGGUCGAACAUCUCCAAGAACGUGCGGCGGCUCAAGUCUGUCUCGCGGCUCCUGCUGACCGGAACGCCGGUGCAGAACUCGCUCCACGAGCUGUGGGCCAUGAUCAACUACGCCUUUCCCAUCUUUUCGUCGCCCAAGCCGUUCAAAGCGCUGCCGACCAGGUCGUCGGCCUCGGCGACUGGCUACCGCAAGGACACGCUCGAGGCUGCGGCUGCCAUGCUCGACGCUAUCCUGCUGCGGCGGACCAAGGCCGUAGUGGCUGCCUCGAUCCCGCCCAAGACCGAGGUCCGCCUCUCGAUCCCGCUUACCACCCACCAACACGCGGCGUACGCGCUCGCCGUGGACCAGGCGCGGAGGGCGGCGAUUGCCCGCAAGGAGGGUCGGUCGUCGGACGCGCACUCGCAGUGGCUGGCCACUGUCCAGCGGCUGCGCCAGCUGGCGUCGGCGCCGUCGGACGCCGAGCUUCCAAGCGUGAAGCGGCUCGUGGCACGCUCGGGCAAGCUUGCGGUUGUACUGCACAUGGUUCGCGCCGCGCGCGACGCCAACGCCAAGAUCCUGGUCUUCUCGCAGUUUACCACCGUCCUCGACGUUGUCGAGUCCAUGCUCGAGCAAGAGUUUGGCCGCGGCUUUCACUGGCUGCGUCUCGACGGGACGACGCCGCUUGCCAAGCGCUCGUUUGACGUCUCGCGGUUCAAUGAUCCCAAGUGCCGGGCGCAUGUGUACCUGCUCUCAACCCGCGCCGCCGGCCUCGGCCUCUCGCUCACCUCGGCUUCGACGGUUGUCCUCCUCGACUCGGCGUGGAACCCUCACGUUGACGUCCAGGCCCAGGACCGCGCCCACCGCAUUGGGCAAGACCAGCCGGUGACCAUCUACCGGCUCUCGACCCGCGGGACGAUCGACGAGCACGUGCUCGCCGUCGCCGACGCCAAGCUCCUCCUCCACCGCGACACGGUGGCCAAGGACGAGGAGCUUGCGGUGGCGCUCGACGACGACUCGGUCGUUCAGUCGGCCACUGCCUUGCCGGCCGCCGAGGAUGCCGUUGAGCCGGCUGCGCUGGUGGAGACCAACGUGCCACAGGAGAUGCUCGAGGCUGCGCGCGCCGCCGUCGGGCUCCCGCCGCAGCUCUCGCUCCCGGUCGCUUGCGCCGACGAGCCGGACCCGACCGAUGACUUUACUAUUACCACGCCGAUGCCGGCGCGGCGCAAGGCCGGCGAUUACUUUGCGUGGCAGAGCCUGUGCCACGGGUGCCGCGACGGCGGCUCGCUGGUGUGCUGCGACGCGUGCCCGCGCGUCUUCCACCCGCUCUGUGCAGGUGAGACCGAGACCGAUCCCGAGAAGCUGCGCUCCGGCAUGCGGGCCGGCUACUGGCGCUGCCCACAGCACCGGUGCGGGGUGUGCACCCGCUCGGCGGCCGACGGCGGCGGCUUGCUCUUUGUGUGCAAGGAGUGCCCGUGGGCGUACUGCCUCGACGACCUCCCGCUCGCCUCGCUCAAGUACGGCCACUGGGGCCGCGACGCCGUGCUCGAGGCGCUCGGCUACGGCAAGUCGCCCAACAUCCACUACAUUCUCUGCUCGGCCACGUGCCAGGCCCACUUUAAGGCUGGCGAGGCCGCCGCGCUGGCGGCUGCAGAAGCCGCCGCGGUGGAGGCCAAGACGAAUGCCACGCGCGAGGCUGCCGCCAAGGCCGAGGCUCUCGCCACGGCUGAGGCUGAUCCUGCCCGCUGA